AUAUAGACAAUCUACAAUAAAAUUUAUAAGACAAUCGCUAAAUUAACAUUACUUUUUAUCAAGAAGAAGCACAACACAAACAAACUAAAACAUGGAUAAGCCGGUUGUGGAAACUGAAGAUCUUAAUAGUGUAAGUUUGUUGGUGAUAGUUGUGGACACAAAUCCCUCACAACGUAUAGUGCGCCAGAAUCCCGAAAACUUGUCACAAUGUCUGGAUGCCAUAGUUGCGUUUGGCAAUGCGCAUUUGAUGCAAAAGGCUCAAAAUAAAUUGGCGGUAAUAUCCUGUCAUCAUCAUGCAACCGAUUUUCUAUAUCCCAUGCCCGUAAAACAAUUGGAAGUGCGUCAGGUGGAUGGUCAAUAUGAGGCAUUUAGUUUGGUGGAGAAAACAGUCAAACAACGUCUAAGUCACAUCAUAACAAAUGCUCCCAAGAUUAGUCAAUCCACCGAAAGUCUGUUAGCUGGCAGCAUGUCCAUGGCUUUGUGUUAUAUAUCAAGGAUCCAACGCAAUGGUGCUGCUGGAGUAAAAAUCCAUUCUCGCAUUUUAGUGUUGACGGGCAGCAACGAAUGUGCUUCGCAAUACAUGACCUAUAUGAAUGUCUUCUUUACCGCUCAAAAACUAGGCAUAGUUCUUGAUGUUUGCGCCCUCGACAAAUCUUUGAGUUUAUUGCAGCAGGGCUGCGAUAUUACUGGUGGUCAGUAUUUACGCUUGACCCAGUUAGAUGGUUUGCUACAGUAUCUGUUAUGGGUAUUUUUACCGGAUCCCCAAAUGAGACAAAAAUUAGUAUUACCGCCGCCCACUAAAGUAGAUUAUAGAGCUGCCUGCUUUUGUCAUCGAGAGUUAAUAGAUAUUGGCUAUGUCUGUUCCGUGUGUUUAUCAAUUUUCUGCAAGUUUAGUCCAAUUUGUACAACCUGUCAUACUGUUUUUAAAGUUCCUGGUCCACUGCCUACAAAACCCAAAAAGAAGAAAAAAGUCUAAAGCCUAGAUUUUUUAACUUUAAUUUUUAUUAUUAAAAAAACUAAACGACAAUCUUAUAAACUACAAUAAUUAACAAAACCAUAAUCUUAA